AUGACUUCUGGAAAGGAGCUGACUCUGAACAAUGUGUUGUAUGUACCAGAGAUCCGUAAAAACCUAGUGUCUGGUUCACUGCUGAACAAACACGGAUUCUGUAUUGUAUUUGAGUCAGAAAAAGUUGUUAUGACCAAAAGUGGAAUGUAUGUGGGAAGGGGUUAUGUAACUGAAGGGUUGUUUGAACUCAAUUUUGACGGCGCCAUUCACAAGGGUAUGCCCCACAAGUUCUACCAUGGUCGAACUGGGCGUGUCUGGAACAUCACCAAGCACACUAUUGGCGUGGAGGUUAACAAGCAGGUUGGGAACCGCAUCAUUAAGAAGAGGAUUCAUGUUCGUGUGGAGCAUGUCCAACCCUCUAGAUGCACUGAGGAGUUCAGAAAUAGAAAGUUAAGGAAUGAUAAGCUCAAGGCCGAGGCCAAGUUGAAGGGUGAGGCCAUCAGCACCAAGAGGCAGCCAGAGGGUCCUAAGCCAGGUUUCAUGGUCGAAGGAGCUCAGAUGGAAACUGUCACCCCCAUUCCUUAUGAUGUUGUCAACGAUCUCAAGGGUGGUUAUUAG